UUGUUUGUUUCUAAUAUUGAAUGUUUAUCGGCAUUUACUGUUUACUCGUGUAACAAUAAAAUAAAAUAAAAACCCAACAAUUUGUAGUCGGUGAAGAUGGUUAGUUUAAAAGUUUUUUUUAUCACUCUACGAGGUUUAAGGCCAUUGAACGUUAAAUGACGAAAUAGUCUAGACAAGAACGUUAAUGACAUCUCAUGGAAACUUUUGUUUCAAUAUAAUAACACUAUUGUAUCAUUUGGAUAUUUAAAUUUGACAGUAUCUUGCAAAUAAAAAGCGAAACCCGGCAGCAUCAUUUGAAUAACUACCGAGAACGAGUGGGAGGCCUUGAAGUGGGUUAAACUAAAGGAAGGAGGAGCAGUUGGCUAUAAAGAUGUUUGCCUUAAGCUCCCAAGAGUCAGUAGGAAGGAUGUUUGCAUUCCUCGUAUCAUUUCUUCUCCUCGGUUCCACCCUCGCGAAGGUGUUCACACCCUGCGAAUUGGCCGAAGUGCUUAGGGAAACUGGGAAAGUGCCUGAAGAACAGAUUUCGACUUGGGUCUGCAUAGCGCGGUACGAGUCGGAAUUCAACAGCUCCGCAGUGGGCUCGCAGAACGGCGACGGCAGCAACGACCACGGCAUUUUCCAGAUCAGCGACAAAUACUGGUGUUCGCCCGAGGGUUACGCCUGCAACGUCUCCUGCGAACAGCUCACAGAUGAUGACCUGACAGACGACGUCAAAUGUGCUCGGAGGAUAUACAGACAGCACCAGCGCCUGCAAGGGGACGGAUUCAAAGCUUGGGCAGUUUAUCAGAGGAUGUGCUCCGGUGAUACCUCUAAAUUCAUCAAUAACUGUUCUGAAGACAAAAAACCUAAGGAGAACAAUAUUGACACUAAAGAAACCAAAAAGCGGUCUCUUUUUUGGCCAUUUUAAUUUAAAUAAACCAAUUAUUUAUUUAUGAUGAGUUACUGUUAUUUUACAAAACUGGUUUCAAUUUUUUUUAGGAUUUAAACUACAAAAAUAUGUAGAAUGAAAAAGUAUUAAAGUAAGCUCAAGCUUUCUUGCACUUU